AUGGAGAGGCUUUCCGCUAUUUCUCGUUUCAAGAACAUCUGCCCGUUCUUGGGUAGAACGCAAGUAUCUACUUUGCGCACGUUGUCUACUUCAUCUUCCCCCCGGUUUCCCUCUCUGUCUUGCCUCACCGAGAGCGCUACCAAGUGCCCCAUCAUGGGUCCGGCCCUGCAAAUGCGUUCCACUCAACUUGUUGCCGGUUAUGCUAGCGUAGCCGGCCAGGAGGAUGUUGAAAGAAUCCAUCAUAGCAAGGGAAUUUAUCUCGGGAAUCCUGUUACCGAUGCCGACGUCGCUAAGUGUCCGCAUGCGUCCGCUGCCCGGGCAGCUGCACGUAUGGCCGAAGAGCUCGCUGCUGCUUCUACUGCGGAAAAGGGAAACGCGAAGGCGGAAAACACGGGAGCGGGAGGCUGUCCUUUCUACAAGGCUGCUGCUGCUCCUAAGCCCGUUGUGAUGCACGAUGCCGAACCAGUAAUUGAGCAGCAUGCCUCUGGGACCUUCGAUUAUGCUCAAUUCUAUGCCGCGGAGUUGGAGAAAAAGCACAAGGACCAGUCCUAUCGUUACUUCAACAAUAUUAACAGGCUUGCGGCCAAGUUCCCUGUCGCUCAUACUGCGAAUGUGAAAGACGAGGUCGAAGUGUGGUGCGCCAACGACUAUCUUGGUAUGGGCAAUAACCCCGUCGUUUUGGAGACUAUGCAUCGUACUUUGGACAAGUACGGUGCCGGAGCGGGCGGGACACGAAACAUUGCUGGCAACAGCACUCUGCACCUGAGCCUCGAAAAUGAGCUGGCUUCGCUUCAUAGGAAGCCUGCGGCCCUUGUAUUUUCUUCGUGCUACGUGGCCAAUGAUGCGACUCUUUCGACUCUGGGGGCGAAAAUACCUGGCCUUGUUUAUUUCUCUGAUGCAUCCAACCACGCCUCUAUGAUACAGGGCAUCCGUCACUCCGGUGCGAAGAAGGUCAUUUUCAAACAUAACGACCUUGAAGACCUCGAGUCCAAAUUGAAGAUAUGGCCCCGAGAGACUCCCAAGGUCAUCGCAUUUGAAAGCGUCUACUCCAUGUGCGGGAGUAUUGGACCUAUAAAGGAAAUCUGUGAUCUAGCUGAGAAGUAUGGUGCCUUAACUUUCUUGGACGAAGUCCAUGCGGUUGGCUUGUACGGCCCUCGCGGAGCUGGUGUUGCCGAGCAUCUUGAUUUCAGCGCCCAUCUUGAGGCAGGUCAAAGCUCAGCAAUGAUCAAAGGAAGCGUAAUGGAUCGUGUGGACAUCAUCACUGGAACCUUGGGUAAAGCUUAUGGAACUGUCGGAGGCUACGUGGCCGGCUCCAAAGGCUUCGUCGAUAUGAUCCGGUCCUACGCACCUGGCUUUAUCUUCACCACUUCUCUUCCGCCUGCCACUGUUGCUGGAGCUCGUGCUUCCGUCAUUUACCAGAAACAUCACAUGGGUGACCGCGCUUUGAAGCAAAUCAACGUUCGGCAAGUCAAGGAAAAGCUCGCGGCUAUCGAUAUUCCAGUUGUCCCAGGUCCUUCCCACAUUGUCCCAGUCCUAGUCGGCGAUGCCGGGUUGGCAAAAGCAGCUAGCGAUAAACUCCUCAUGGAGCAUGGUAUCUACGUCCAAGCCAUCAAUUAUCCUACGGUCGCAGUUGGCGAAGAACGCCUCAGGAUUACCGUUACUCCUCGCCAUACCAGUGAACAAAUUGAUGGUCUAGUCAAGGCACUUGACGCGGUUUUCGCUGAGUUGAGCAUUAACCGCGUUAACGACUGGACCAAACUCGGUGGCCGUGCCAACGUCGGGUUCCCCGAAGCCUCCACUGUAGAGCCGAUCUGGACAGAUGCACAAAUCAGCGUGGCGGGAAACCGGAAGACGUUGCAUGAUGGACAGGAAGCUGUGAUCGAUACUGCGGCAGUUGAUGCUGUCCGUAAGGAAUUCGAAGCGUUGUUGGGUCCAGCAGAGAUGAACGAGGUGAACAGGGCGGCCGACGCGGCGGUGCUCGCAGGGGCGAUGGAACUGGUGGCCGAAGCUAUGCCCAGGAGUCCUCCGCGCUCUUCCAUUCGCUUCGACCGUGCUGAGGCUGCUGCAGUUGCGCCGAUUGCUGUCGCUGCCUGA